CAGCGUAAUGACGAUGAUGAAGAGGACCCCCUGGACGCAUACAUGGCCGGUCUGGAGCAGCAGGCUGCCAAAGACCUGGUUGCGAGCAAGGAAAACGCCGCUAGCGGGAAGGGGGACAGCGGUCGCGGCACCAGGGGCGAUAUCGACGAGAUGGACGAUGAAGAGAGUUAUUAUAAGUAUAUGGAAGAAAAUCCCUUAAAUAACGGUGAUGACGCGUCCGACGUGGAGGUGGAAUACGAUGAGGACGGUAAUCCUAUAGCGCCUCCAAAGAACAAGAUCAUAGACCCACUCCCGCCUAUAGACCACUCUCAGAUACAGUACGAGCCUUUUGAGAAGAACUUCUACACGCCGCAUGAGGAAAUAGAAAAGCUGACGCCGCAGCAGGUUGAGGAGUUGAAGAAGAAUUUGGGUGUUAAGAUCACGGGCCCAGACCCUCCGAAGCCGGUGUCCAGCUUCGCGCAUCUGGGUUUCGAUGAGCAGCUGAUGAAGGCGAUCCGCCGCUCGGAGUACACGCAGCCCACGCCCGUGCAGGCCGCCGGCGUGCCCGCUGCACUGUCCGGAAGAGAUCUUAUAGGUAUCGCGCGUACCGGUUCGGGUAAGACGUGCGCGUUCCUGUGGCCGCUACUCAUCCACAUCAUGGAUCAGAAGGAGCUGGCUCCUGGCGACGGACCUAUCGGACUCAUACUGGCGCCCACCAGGGAGUUGGCGCAACAGAUAUACAUGGAGGCGAAGAGGUUCGGCAAAGUGUACAACAUCCGUUGCGUGUGUUGUUACGGCGGAGGUUCUAAGUGGGAACAGUGCAAGGCUCUCGAGGGCGGCGGCGCUGAGAUCAUAGUGGGCACUCCUGGCAGAGUGAUAGACCUCAUCAUGCAAGGGACCAACUUGCAGAGGGUCACGUAUUUAGUGCUUGAUGAAGCUGAUAGGAUGUUUGACAUGGGAUUUGAGGCUCAGGUGCGUUCGAUCUGCGCGCACGUGCGUCCGGAGCGGCAGGCGCUGCUGUUCUCCGCCACGUUCCCGCGCCGCGUCGAGCGCCUCGCCCGCGACGCGCUGCGCGACCCCGUGCGCGUCGCACACGGCACCGGCGGCGCCACCGACCUCGUCACUCAACACGUGCGAAUAUUCUACAAACCCGAGGAGAAGUGGGCAUGGCUACUCAGCAACUUGGUGGAAUUUCUGUCGGCUGGCAGCGUGUUAAUAUUUGUUACCAAGAAGUUAGAAGCUGAACAGACUGCGGCGAACCUCGGCGUGCAACAGUACGACGCGCUGUUACUGCACGGAGACAUGGAGCAGGCCGACAGGAACAAGGUGAUCACAGCGUUUAAACGACAGGAGAACACCAUACUAGUCGCUACUGACGUGGCAGCGCGCGGUCUGGAUAUCCCGCACGUGCGCACGGUGGUGAAUUACACGGUGGCGCGCGAUAUCGACACCCACACCCAUCGUGUGGGGCGAACGGGACGCGCUGGCGUGCGGGGGGUGGCCCACACGCUGCUCGCUGCUGACAAGGAUCGUGACUUCGCCGGACACCUCGUCAGGCAUCUCGAGGCUGCGCAACAGGAAGUACCUGAAGAGUUGAUGCACCUGGCGAUGCAGUCGUCGUGGUUCCGCAAGUCGCGGUUCAAAAAGGGCAAGGGAAAGAAUCUAAACAUCGGCGGAUGUGGAUUAGGGUACAAAGAGCGUCCCGGCUUACCCGUGCACAACGACGAGCCGAUCACAGCCGUGGCGCUUGAGAAGAGCCACGGGCCCGCCACCGACCGCCUCGCAUCACUCAAACAGGCCUUCAGGGCUCAGUACAAUCAGUUCACGGCGUCAACAGACCACUCGUGGGAGCAGACGUUGACGUCGAUCCAGCCCGGCGUCAACGCGCCUGCCGCUCACGCUUCACCCACUGAGUCGAACUCCAACCCCAGCUCCGAACAGAAGCCCGAACGCGUUCGCAAGAGCGGCAAGCGGAGCCGAUGGGAGUAGAGUCUACGCUACGUAUGUUGAGUGGGGAAACCAUAUCUUAGGAAGCAAUAAUGGAGGGUCUAUAUACGCCUAAUAGAAGUGAUAUAAUGGACUGGAUUCGCUUAAAUACAACUUAAAAGAACAAUCCAACAAGAGAUGUUGACGGGUUAUAUGAACCAUUGUCUUACCGCCAUUUUCAAUAAACGAUCCCAAUCGGUUUUUUCGAUCUAUCUAAAAAAAAUAACAUACAGAUUAGUUAUUUUGACAUGCUUAUAAAUGACUUUUUUUGAUUGGUUCAUUCUCAAAAUCGGAUUGAGAAUGGGAUCGUGAAUUGAAACCGGCUGUUAGUGCCGAACUAAAACCUUCUCGAAUGAUCUCUAUUCUGGUAGUUAAACGGUGCUGGUUGCACGGGUACUGGCGGUACCGUGUUAAUGUAUGGCACUAAACUGAACACAGAAAUUGUAACGCAAGUUUACGUUUAGUUAAUACAGUUCUUAAUAGGCGGUUACGAUUCCGCUUCUUCUUGGUCGUAUCAUUGAAGGUCAUGUCCGUCUCGAAACCUCUUGACUGAGUCGAUGACGAAUUUUCCAAGCCCUCCUCUCUUCGGCUUUUCUCAGGGAAGUGGUAAUAGGAAGUCCUAUUAUGGGUAUUUGCUCGCCCAUGUGGCCUUCUACCGUCUACUUUCCCUACAACCAGUUUGUUGAAGUUAUCUGGCUAUCUCUGUGGUCAAAAUAACUUAGGACUGGUAGCACAUUAUGGAGGGUCUAAUCUUGAUCUUCAAUUGGACAAGGAUGGAAUUGGUGCGUCUUGCUGUCCAUGAUAUGAGUAACAUUUAAUGGCCCUGCUAGUCCCUACAGAAUUGUCGCGAGAUCACUAACCUGCCAUAACCAGCGUGCAUGGUUUGCGAAGAAAUCCACCCCACACACUGGAUGUUUUUUUGUGCAGUCCGAGAAUAAUCUGUGUUGUUUUGUGAUUGAAGUUUGUGGUGAAAGUUGGUAAGUUGAGUUUUCGAAUUCAGUUUAAAGGUAUAUUCAGAUUUGUACAGUGUAUAGAUCUUACAGGCGAUAGAGCUCUUGUAUGAGUCGAAAGCCUGGAGAAUGUGUCCGUAUGAUAUAGGCAAGAUUUACUGUGGACCGGAAAAAAUAUCCCAUAGAUAUAAUAUGAAAUGGCGCCAAAACACGAUAUGUUUUACGGUCAGUUUAUAUAUGAAUUGUUCAACUAGAAGCGACAAUAUCGGCCACAAACCGUCGUCGUCACUUUGACAAAAUUAACAGUUUUAUUGGGUUUCACAGGCCGGCAUAAUUGUGCCAACUGGCGAGGGGUUAUCAUCGCUCCCCAAUCGACCCUGUCUGUACCCUACUCCGCGUACUAUCGUACUAUCGGCUGGAGUGAGGUCACAUUGCCUUGCUCUAUAAAAAAGUUACUAUAUUUAUAGUAGAAAAAAAAACCAUUAGACAUUAUACAAGAUAUAUUCGAAAAUUUAAUUAUACGAGUAACUUUAUAAAUAAUAUAUAGUUACAUGCACAUAUAUGAAGUAUAGUAAAAUUUACCAGAAAAAUUAAUGCAUGGCAACACUUAAUUUUGACAGGAAUGGAAGAAACGUAGGAAAAUAAUGUAGGUAGAAAAUUAUUUCCAAUUUAGGUUGAAUGCUCGUUUAGUUUGGUAAGUUAGUUGUAUGCUAGUGGUAGGAUAUUUUAUAUCCGCCAGGAUAGCGACCGUACUCAAAACCCGCCGUAAUGGUACAUGUAAGUGUAUCGUGUUCCGGGAUCAGCCUGUUUAUAUUUGGCCAAACACGCCUGCAUAACUGUGUCGACUGGCGAGGAGUGAUCAUCUCUCGUCAGAAAACAUUUUAUACGGACCCAACUCUGCAUACUAUCAAGCGCAGUAUGGUCUGAACAACGAACAGAUUAAAAAAAAAGAAGUUUUGCAGCGUUUUUUAUAAAUGGAAUUAUCGUCAUUUUAAAUGUUUUUUUUUUGGUAAACUGAAAGUGAUUAAGAAUAAAGAAUGUUUGUUCAUCCAUUUGUAAAUUAUUAGAGCGCUUUAUCAUUGUAAGUUGUAACAAGUUAAAAAGUUUCGACUAUUUCCCCUCCAUGAGUUCUCGUCUGCCAACCGUAGCGAAAAAAUAAUCCGAAUAUAUUGAGAAAAAAUAUUGUAAAGAGAUUAUAUUGAAACCCUAUGUUAAAUAAAUUUAUAAAUAAUAAUUCUUUUAUUACAGGAAACUUUACUUUAUUAGAAAAUAUUUACGGUUUUUUUUUAUAUAACUGUCAAUGAAAACAAAAAAUAAAACUGAACUUAGAUUUGCCUGUUUAUUCCGUGAAUGACAAUUAUUAAAGAUAUUUAAGAAAAUUACGCAUUAAUAAAUGUAUGUUUUCAUAUAUAAUAGUGUAAAAUCAUUUAUUAUAAACAAAACAUAAUAUUUAAUUUGCUGAGGUACGUUGAGAAAAAAAAAUGCUAUUACGAUUUUUUGGAGUCCCUUGAUGGGAACCCCUUUUUCCCUGAAAAGCCAUCUUUUGCAAUUUUUCUAAAAUUGUGGCUGGUUAUAGUCAGCUCCUGUUAUAAAAAAUGUAAGUAGAUCUUAUUAGUGGCCAAAAUGAUUUUAAAUUUGUAAUAUUUAUUCUCACAAAAUAUUUUUGAUGCCAGCUUCUAACUUAAAUAUAUACAUGAUUAUCAUGGAAAGAAUAGUGCUGAAGUAAUUUUUGAAUGAUAAAUAUUUUACACUAUUAUUUAAAAAAUAAUUAAGUAAAGACAUUUUGUACCGCAGUGUCUACAUUAUAUAUUGCCGUUUGCUUAAUUAUCUUAUCUUUGAUUCGAUCCUAAGAAUAAACCAAUCAAUGUAAUCCAUUUGAAAGCAUGUCAAAAAGCUUUGUUCUGAUUGGUUCAUUGUAGCGAUCGAUCGAAAAAGCGAUCGGAAUCGUUUACAAAAAACCGUGUAAUUUGCACUGAUUUCGCGUUAUGUUUUAAUAUAAGUGUAUUGGGAAUGUUAAAAUAUUUGAAUUCGUGACUUAUGAAGAAUUAUAUGCAUAUUAAUGAAUACUGAGUUAUGUGGAAUUUGUGGAGAAUUUUUAUAAUUAUAAAAACAAAAUUACAUUAUGAAUUCUUUGUCAUAAUUUUUUACAUUAUUAUGAUUUGUUUACGGAACACAUGCGGUAGUCAUAUCAAUAGUUGCAUAAGAUCGUUUUAUUUAAAAAAUGUAUUUCCAUAUAACCCGGUCUUUACAUGAGUGUUGCCAAAUAACAAAAAUAUUUUUCUACCAAUUUAUGAUUUUAUUAAUUUUCAAUAAAUAUUAUUGGUCUAUGCAAACUGGUGUAAGUAGGUAAUGUUGAUUAAAUAAUAAUUAUCACGGAAGUGUGCAUUUCUAAUAAUUUAAUUAUAAAAUAAGGAUAAGUAUUUUGUCAACAAAAUGAUCCGAAAAUGGAGGACGAUCACAAUUCCUGUGUUUGUAUAUUUUUUUUAUAAAUCCACACAGAUUUUUCUCAGCUUUGUGGGGCGAUUUACGGGAUUCCUUUUUUAUUUGGUAAAGGAAGUUUGCGAUAUGGUACAAUUACUGUAUAUAUUUGUUAUGGAUUCAUAUAUAUUUUUUUAAAACAGUAUGCCAAAUGUGGUUUUCGCUUGCCCCAGUUUACAUAGGAUCAGUUGAAUAUCUUUAUGAACUAGAAUAUUUAUAAGGGAUCCCUCUUUAAGAUAUAAGCCUGAUAAAUACUUGCAAUGGUUACUGUGGCCUUUCCUAGUAUGAAACAUGUAAAAAUGUACUUUAUGUGUAUAGCGUGAGAGUCUGUUUAUGUUUAACGUUAUGGGUUUUUCAUUGCUGUUAUUUGACUGCAUUAAGAAUUUUGAGAAUGUUUUAGUUUUGAAGAAUUUUAGGAUAUUGAAUCAAAACGAACGAUAAUAGGAAAUAAUCCUAAUAUAGAUCCGUGAAGUGGGGUGAAUAGGAAUAAAGGGGUGAAACUGGUGUUAAGAGUUUUGACUGAUAUACAAAUAGAUCACCAGAGUUGUUAUUUAAAGCUGGGUAAUUACAAAUAUGUUCUUUUUUUAUGUAAUAGAUCAGAGUAGAGGGAGUGUACAAUUGAUCCAAUUAUAUCAUUAUUAUUUUUACCCCUUCGUCUUUGUCAUCCUAGUUCACAGUACGUAAUAUCCAACGCCCAUAUCUAUUGCAUUAUGGGAUGGUGAUUCCUUAUCAACCGACUCAUUUGUUUUUUUGCUGAAGUAAUCUCGGGAAAGCAAUAGGUGAACAUUUUUGACUGAUUAGUUCACUUUUAAAUAGGGAAAUAUAUCUUGAAUUUAGAUUUGUUGUUGGUAGGAUAUAUUUUAUAUCCGCUCGGAUAGCGACCACCGUAUUCAAGGUGUUAUAACCCGCCAUAGGCCCACGUAAAUGUGUCGCGUUCCGGGAUCAGCCUGUGUAUAUCCGGUUCUAACCGGCCGGCAUAAUUGUGUCGACUGGCGAGGGGUGAUCAUCUUUCGUCAGUCAACAUUCUAUUGAACCCCGAUCCACUUAUCAUCAGGUGCGGCGGGGUCACUUGUUGUGCUGGUAAAAAAAUAAUAAUUAUAUUUUACAUAAUAUUGAAUUUAAAAUAUAUGGAAAUAAGACUAAAAAUUAUAUAAUGGUUUCCAAAGUACUGAAAAGUAAUAUUCUUGAAUGCAGUCGGAAAUAAUUCAAAUCACAUUAUGUGUCUUUUAAGUUUUGUGUAAAUAGUAAUAAAGGAUAUUUAAUAU